AUGGAUAAAAUAUUUGCACCGGAAUAUUUUGAUAGAAUUUUCAGAUUUCUUCCGACUAAUAAAGAUUUGCAUUCUUGUCUCUUAGUUAAUAAACAUUGGGCAACUUGUGCCGUUCCAAUUUUAUGGGAAGCACCCUUCAGAAUUGAUGACAAGCAUAUUCCGUCUCAUAAAGUGAUCCGAACUUAUCUUGCAUUUAUACCGGAUAGUACUUUUCGCAAAUUGGGAUAUAAUAGAAUUGGAUUGUCGAAUAGUAGACCUCUUUUUUUUAACUAUCCAUAUUUUCUUAAAGAACUCACAUACGAUCAAUUUCUUAAUGCAGCUAUAUCAAACAAUUGCAGUGAAGAUAUCAUAAUUGAAUUAUUCAAAUUACUUGCUAAAAAUAAUGUAAAAUUACGCCGAUUAGAAAUCUACAACUGCCUUAAUAAUUAUCCUGAAAACCUUGGAUAUUUGGUUCUUCUACAUUUUUAUGAAUGCACUUCUGUAUAUAGUAGGUUAACAUAUUUUAAUUGUAGCUAUCAAUUGCCAAUGCAAAAAACACAACUUUUUAAUGCAAUAGCGAAGUACUGUCAUAAUAUUAAAAUCCUUAAAGUCAGUAUUUAUGAUAAAAAUGAAGGAAUAGCUUUAGAAGGUCUUAUUCGUUCUCAAAGGAACCUAAAAAAGUUUACUCUGAUAAACAGUAAUAAUUUUGCAUCGUUUCCUAUCCAAGCUCUUAUGAAUCAAAUACACUCACUUGACAGUUUAGCAUUUGAAGACAUGCACUGCAACCAUGGUUUAAGUAAGACAAAAUUUUUUAAUUAUGGUAUUUGUCAAUUAAAUAGCAGUGCUAUCGAUGUAUUGGCCCAAUGUACAAAAAUCAACAAGGUGAAGUUUAAACAUUGUGAAGGGCUCAAUUCUUCUUUAUUUCUUCCUCUUGCUAUUGCUUUUCCGAACUUAACAUCGUUAGAAUAUACUUAUGGUACUUAUAACAUUUGUGAUAGCACAACUCCUUUUAGAUUAUUAUCUGGCCUCAUUGUGACAAGUUGCAAUACACUUAAAAGAAUUAUACUUGACUGA